CAGCCAUAUGAUUUUUGUGUUUUUGUGUAUGAAACUAUUUUAUUUAGAUUAAUCGCACAUGCAGCGCAAAUAAACAUGCAACGAAGAAAGACUCCAAAAUCUGUAAAUAAACCACCACCAAUACAGGCAAUACCCAAGAAGACUGCAUUCGAUGGAGACAACGACAUUCAGUUUGAGCUGGAACUUUGUUGGUGUGUUCAACAAUUGCAGACCGCGUUGGACAGCGGCAAGUUAAACCAAAAAAUUGCCGAGGAUACAGCCAAGAACUUGAAAACUUUGACAAGCCACACUGCACCUCUGAUCAAAAAGCGGCAGGUUAUGAAGCUGGCAUUGGGCGAUUACCGCUCGAAAAUGCAACAGGAGGAAAAGAAAAUGCUACUAGCUUCCAAACAAAUUAAAUUCACACCAGCUGCGGAUAUGAAUAAAAAAUCGAGUUUUGUUAAGAAAUCGGCCCUACUGACAUCCGGUAAUGAUUUUCGCUUCAACUUUGCUGAGCCAUCAAAUAAUAACGAAACAGAUACAACGUCAGCAGUUGCUUCAUCAGAUUCUCAACCUAUAGAAUCAAAGGCAUCUUCGACUCUGAGCAGCAAUCUUUUAGCCGGCAAUGGAACCCAGUUCAAGUUCAACUUUACAAUUGAUGAUGCACCCGAUGAUAUUAAUAUAGCAGGCUUAGCAUUAAAUAGUUAAUAGAAAAAGUUUGCAAUUCAAAAACAAACAUAAAUAAUGAAUUACAAUGCAAUAAGUA